GAAAGAGUGAAGAAAUCACCGGGACAGAUCAUAACAGCUCCUUUGUUUAGUCGGUGGGCUUUUACACGCGUAAUGCUGAGAUACUUCGGUCAUGUCAUGACGCACCAGACGCGUGCGUAAAAGUGCCAUUUGAGGCUCACCGUGGACAGAUAUCAAGCGUUCUGCCUACUUUAUUAUUAUCAAAUCAUGUAUUUGUAUCAACUCGGAUGGUGUGACGAGCCGUGCUCACCGUGAGUUAACCAAAGACAAGAAUCAACCACAGGAGCAUAUUCCAGACGUUUACAGGAUUUACUGCAUUUGCGUUUCAUUCGGUGGAUAUUACGGUUAUUUCACUUUUUAAGUCACUUUUUGAGGAUAAAAGGAGGCUCCAUCAAUCCAGGUCUCGUGUCCGCUCGGAAACUGCUGUUUAUUAUCACGGAAGAUGAAAAGCUUGGUAUUCGAAGUGCUUUGUUUUGUGUCCUUCCUCAUCUCCAUCCGCUGCACACCGGCACCGGACACCGAACCCCCGAGCAUCAGCCCGAGCUGCGCGUCCUGCGGACUCAGCCAGACGGAUGGAGACACACGGGUGGACGUGGGUCUGCUGGAGGCGGUGAAGAGACACAUUCUGAGCCGGUUACAGAUGCGGGACAGACCCAACAUCACACACCCCAUCCCGAAGGCGGCGAUGGUGACCGCGCUCAAGAAGCUCCACGCCGGGAAGGUGCGCGAGGACGGGAGGUUGGAGAUCCCGAACCUGGACGGACACGCGGCGUCCAUGAACGAGGUGGAGGAGGAGACCUCGGAGAUCAUCAGCUUCGCCGAGACAGACGAGUCGCUGACCUCCAAAACCAGCCUGUUUUUCGUGAUCUCCAACGAGGGCAACCAGAAACUAUACGUGUCCCAGGCCAGUCUGUGGAUGUACUUCAAGCUUCUGCCUAACGUUUUGGAGAAAGGCUCCAGGAGGAAGGUCACGGUGAAGGUUUACGCGCAGGAACCGGGAUUCGGGAGCAAGUGGAACUUGGUGGAGAAGCGCGUGGAUCUCAAACGCAGCGGAUGGCACACUUUUCCAUUGACGCACGCCGUGCAAAUGGUUUUCGCCAAAGGUGAUCGCCGGCAGAAUCUGGACGUGCGAUGCGAAGUGUGCGAAAAGUUGGGCAUUGUUCCUGUUUUGGUAAACACUGCCGACGAAUCCCACCGUCCUUUCCUUGUGGUCCAAGCGCGAGCGGCCGACAACAAACACCGCAUUCGCAAACGAGGUCUUGAAUGCGAUGGAAGCAGCAGCUUGUGUUGCCGUCAACAGUUUUACAUCGACUUCCGCCUCAUCGGCUGGAACGAUUGGAUCAUCGCCCCGUCAGGAUACUUUGGGAAUUAUUGCGAAGGGAACUGUCCGGCGUACAUGGCCGGGGUUCCCGGAUCGGCUUCGUCUUUCCACACGGCCGUCGUGAACCAAUACCGAAUGCGAGGAAUGAGUCCGGGAUCAAUGAACUCCUGCUGCAUCCCGACCAAACUGAGCCCCAUGUCCAUGCUGUACUUCAACGACGAAUACAACAUCGUGAAACGGGACGUGCCCAACAUGAUCGUCGAGGAGUGCGGCUGCGCUUAAAGACUUCCAUAGUAAUCGAAACGAAUAUUUAAGACUCGUCCAUGCUCGCAAAUCCUUCCACGCAAUCUUUGUACAUAUAUUUAUGUUCUUUAAUCUGUGAGCAAUUCAGUUCCUGACGAUACUGUCACGUCAAAAAGAUGGGAUUGGUUUUAUCUAUGUCUACACUUUUAAAAGACAAAGGUUCUUUAUUGGCAUCAAUUGUACCGUGAAGAUCAUCCAUUAGACCAAAAACAAGUUAUUUAGAUUAUUAAAAUGUUCUUUACACUAAGAAAAACAUGGUUCUUUUGAAAGGACAGUUCACCCAAAAAUUGAAAGCUGUUAAUUUACUCACCCUAAGGUCAUUAAGAUGUAGGUGAUAUUUUUCUUCAGUAGAGCAUUUAAGAUAAUUUUUAGCUUGAAAGCAUGCUCUUUGGUGCAUGUUAGCAAAUGCACAUUUUGAAGAAUUUAAAAAAGCAUGUACGUACAGACAAUACCAGCGAUAUAUUGAGGUCUUAUGAAGUGAAACAAUCAGUCUGUGCAAGAAACCUGUCAUUACUUACAAAAUUUUGGCUCAGGUGGCAGUAACAGUCAAGCGUCUGCGAGUGAGUUUUGAUUGAGUAACUGUUUCAGAUGCUUUAGUCCAGUUUGGUGAACUAGUUCAUCAGCUUCACUAAGGGUGCGUUCACACCUGCCUCAUUUAGUUCGGUUGAAUCGUACCAGAGUUCGUUUCCCACUUUGGUGCGGUUCGACUGGGCAGGUGAGAAAGCAGCAGUCGCACUCGGGUGCGCACCAAAAUCAGACCAAACAAGCGUACCGAGACCUGCUUGAAGAGGUGGUCUCUGUACACUUUCAAACGAACUCUGGAGAAGACCAUGAGCGUGUCAGAGUUAAGAAGAAUUAAUGCACGCCUCCGCUUGAAGUUACGAGCGAUUCCCGCUCGCCGUUUGCAGUGGAUUAGAACGUUGUUUUCAAGCCGCAUCCGCGCUUCAUUAUAGAGAUGUAUUGUUUGCAUAUUGUGGGGUUUAUGCAAACAAUGUAAUAGAUUAUGGCCAGGGACAAAACCAGCCCACGCAGUCGUGUAGUUGUGUUGUCUCCGUGUUGUUUUCUGGCUUUUCCUCUUAUGUUGGAAUUUUCCCGCACGUAAAUUCUGACCAAUCGAAAAUCUGUUUAGGAAAUACGUCACGGCCAAUCAGUGAUGUGGAUGUUGUCAUGUGACUGCAUUUUGGUUUGUUUCAAGUGGUUCGGACCAAAGCAAUCAGUGUGGUGUGAAAAGGAACCGAAAAAGCUGAAGAAUGCCAAAAAUUUUAUGCCCUUGGUUCGGACCAAAUGAAUCGAACUAGAGAUGUGAAAGCACCGUAAACAAAAACCGGUUCAAAAGAAUGAUUCAUCAGUAAAAACAUUUGCUUGAGGCUCUGGAUCACCGGUAAUAAUGUUGUAAAUAAUGUUGGGUUUCUUGCACAGACUGAUCGUUUUGCUUCAUAAGAACUCAAUAUAUCAUCAUGAGCCAUGGGGAUUCAUUUUGCGUUCCUCAAUAUGAUUUUUUACUCUCAGAAAUUAAAUGAUAUGAAUUACCAAAAGGCAAGAUUUCAGCUAAAAUUGUAUUUACUGUUCUACUCAAGAAAAAAAAACGUCACAUACAUCUAGGAUGAUUUGAGGGUGCGUAAAUAAGCAGCACAUUUUCAUUUUUGGGGGAACUGUCUCUUUAAGAACUGUUGACUGAAAGAUUUUUGGAGGUACCAAAAAUGGUUCUUUAAUGGCAGCAAUAACAAAAUCCCCUUUAUUUUAAAGAAUGUAGUUUGGCUAUUCUCUUUAAAAACAGAAAGAGGAGAGGUGAUCUUCUCAAAAGACUUUGAUAUCUUUGUACUUUCCCGAAAAGCACUGACCAUCUUCUCAAAGCAACGCCAGCACUUCCCACAUAGAGUCCACGACCAAUCCAUUCAAAAGCAUCAGUCUUCAAUGUAUAUCUGUAAAGAGCAACAACAAUCUUUGGGUUUCUCGACAGACAUGAGGUCCAUUCCUAAAUUACGAGACUGGUCUUGUUAUGUCUAGGUUGUGAUU